AAUUACUGUAGUAAGGAACUCAGGCAGCUGCAUUAGGAAAGAAAAUUAUACCUGCAUUAGCAAAAGUAUCCACAGCAUGUGAGUUCAAGUAUCUUACAGAAUAUUACCUUUCAUCCUAGGGAACUUUUUAAAAAAAUUCUUGCAAUUUUUCCAUGAUUUCUCAAAAGGUAAUGAUCAUUCCAUUACCAACAAUAUGGAAAAGUGUACAGAUAUCUUUGUACCUGUCUGGAGCAUUUGCACAGACUUGGCCCAAGUUCAACAUUCCUAGCUCUCCAGCUGUAACUCAACUAAUUAGGCAAACCCUUACAUCUUUUUCAAGAGUCAAGAUUAGAAUAUUUGAGUUGUUAAAAGUUUUUCAAAACACUGAAGCUGGACAAAUAUCUCAAUGAAGCAUAUAAAGGAAACUGUAUAAAAAUUCUACUGCCAUAAUGGUGCACACUAUCUGGAAGUGGGAAACUUUUUUCUUCAAUCUGUUUGCAAGUGGGCGGUUGACAAUGCAUGGACAGACUUUGAGUUUAUGUGAUUCUUUCUUUAGGUACAGGAAAAAUAAGAAUGAUGAUGAAAAAAAAUGCAAGUUUUGAAGGCUUCUUUAUUCUACUUGCAUUUUCUAACUGGCCUCAUCUGGAAGUAGUUCUCUUUGUGGUUAUCUUGAUCUUCUACUUGAUAACACUGAUAGGAAACCUGUUCAUCGUCAUCCUGACAUACCUGGACUCCCAUCUCCACACUCCCAUGUACUUCUUCCUUUCAAACCUCUCAUUUCUGGAUCUCUGCUACACCACCAGCUCUAUCCCUCAGUUGCUGGUGAAUCUCUGGGGCCGGGAAAAGACCAUCUCUUAUGCUGGUUGUAUGGUCCAACUUUACUUUGUUCUCGCACUGGGAACCACAGAGUGUGUCCUACUGGUGGUGAUGUCCUAUGACCGUUAUGCAGCUGUGUGUAGACCUUUGCAUUACACUGUCCUCAUGCACCCUUGUUUCUGCCGCUUGUUGGCUGUGGCUUCUUGGGUAAGUGGAUUUACUACGUCAGCACUUCAUUCCUCCUUUACUUUCUGGAUACCCCUUUGUGGACAUCGCCUAGUGGAUCACUUCUUCUGUGAAGUUCCAGCACUUCUGCGAUUAUCAUGUGUUGAUACCCAUGCAAAUGAGCUGACCCUCAUGGUCAUGAGCUCCAUUUUUGUUCUCAUACCUCUCAUCCUCAUCCUCACUUCCUAUGGUGCCAUUGCCCAGGCUGUACUGAGGAUGCAAUCAACCACUGGGCUUCAGAAAGUGUUUAGGACGUGUGGAGCCCAUCUUAUGGUUGUAUCUCUCUUUUUCAUUCCAGUCAUGUGCAUAUAUCUCCAGCCACCAUCAGAAAAUUCUCAAGAUCAAGGCAAGUUCAUUGCCCUCUUUUAUACUGUUGUCACACCUAGUCUUAACCCUCUAAUCUACACUCUCAGAAACAAGGAUGUGAAAAGGGCAGUGAAGAGACUAAUGGGGUUGGAGUGGGGGAUAUGACAGGGAAAUCAUGUUGGCUGUUGUUUUUGCUAGGAUCUUAUCCAUCUUGAAAGGUGGUUUCCCUGCUUCUUUGUGAUUUGUUUUUCAUCUAACAGCUCGCAAAACAUGGAAUAGUUCAGUUCUCCCAUUUGUUGCUCUGUUUAAUAUUUACUUCUGAAAUAUUAUGUUGAGAUAAAGUUUUUGAUUGGUACCAUUUUGGUCUUUUACAAUUCUAUAUUUAUUCCAUGAAAAUUGUGGACUGUAAUUUCAACAUACAUAAAUAUGUGUGUGAAUAAUUAUGAGAUUAUUUAAAAAAUAUUGGAAAUAUUUCUGACAAUGUGCUAAAUUAUGAACUGACCAUUGAUAUGUAUAGGAAGAGAAGGGCAAUAUUGCAAAGAUGUAGGCUAAAGAAGUUUUUGGUUAUUGAAUAAACCUUAAAUGAAGCUAAAAAUAGUCACAGCAAAGAAAAAUGGUAAACAUAAUGAAUAACACCAUUUAUUAUAUGGUAAAGGAUAUGUCAUAAUUAUUUGGUUGAAGUUCACUGUUUAAAGACACUAAAUUAUAUACUUUAUCCUGUGGGUCUACAUACUUGUCACAUUGAACAGUAAACUAAUAUCUCUUUAAAAUGGCUGAUUCGUUCAUCUGUCCAUUUAUUCAUUAACUUAUUCUUCAUUAGCUAAAUCUUAUUGAAUGUGUACUCUCUCCCAGUUUGUGAAAUUCUUGGUAACAUGUAUAAAUAUAACAUACUUUGUCUGAACAGAACGCACUGUCUAUCGGGAAAAAUGGCAACAUAAGAUAAAAGAUGAAGUAUCUGUACAUGGCUUAAUUUGUCACUGG